CCCCCUGCUUCCUGCUGCCUGUGCUUCUUUCCUCUCCUCCAAAACCAUUCUCCAGAAUCGGAGCAGCAAAAGCAAGGAUUUUUCCUCUCCCGAAUCGGCCCGGCUCGUCCCGAUGGGCUCGCUGAUCUCCUGCCUCUCCGACCCCUGCCCCUCGGCGUCCCCACCGCCACCGCCGGCGAAGCGGCGCUCCUCCACCUCCUCCCGCGGCCGGAGCGGCGGCGGAGGCGGGAGGGACGCCGCCAAGGCCGUGGCCGUCGACGAGGAGGCGCUGGCCGCGGCGGCGGCGCUCGUGCUGGGGCAGCGGGGCGCCGGCGGCGUGGGGGCGUUCGAGCGGUCGGCGUCGGUGCGGUACGCCGCGAAGCGGCAGAGCCAGGGUCCGCCUCUGCCCAGGAGCUGCAGCACGCGCCCGCGGUCGCUCGCCGACCCCGAGCUCCAGCCGCAGCAGCUCCUCACCAAGGAUUUGAAUACUAAGGAUUUGGAAACCAACAUCAUUGUUCUUGUUCAUGGAGGUGGUUUUGGUGCUUGGUGUUGGUACAAGACUAUAUCACUUCUUGAAGACAGUGGGUUCAAAGUUAAUGCCAUCGACUUAACAGGCUCUGGGAUUCAUUCUUAUGACACGAACAAGAUUAGCAGUCUUUCAGAGUAUGCUGAACCGCUUACAUCUUACCUUAAAGGCCUAGGUGAUGCUGAAAAGGUGAUUUUGGUCGGACAUGACUUCGGUGGCGCUUGUAUAUCCUAUGCAAUGGAGAUGUUCCCAUCCAAAAUCGCCAAGGCUGUUUUCCUCUGCGCAGCAAUGCUGACAAACGGGCAUAGUGCCCUUGAUAUGUUCCAACAGCAGAUGGACACAAAUGGCACACUCCAGAAGGCGCAGGAAUUCGUCUACUCCAAUGGCAAGGACCGGCCUCCGACCGCUAUCAAAAUCGACAAGGCCUUGCUGAGAGACUUGCUGUUCAACCAAAGCCCUUCCAAGGACGUGUCGCUGGCCUCGGUGUCCAUGAGGCCCAUCCCCUUCGCCCCGGUUCUGGAGAGGCUCGUGUUAGCCGCCGAGAACUACGGCUCUGUGCGGCGGUUCUACGUGGAGACCACGGAGGACAACGCGAUCCCGCUCGCCCUGCAGCAGAGCAUGUGCGGCGCCAACCCGCCGGAGAAGGUGCUGCGGCUGAAGGGGGCGGACCACGCGCCCUUCUUCUCCAAGCCGCAGGCGCUGCACAAAGUCCUGGUGGAGGUCGCCGCCAUGCCGCCGGUCCAGGCGUCGUGACAGCAAGUCUUUUUUCCUUAUGGUUUCGGCAUCUUGCCAGCCGGUGAGCCUGCAUGCAUGGCUGCUGUACAUGCUGAGGAUGGUAUGGUUUUGGAAAUCGCUAUACAGGAUGUGGGAUUUCGCCAUGAUCUCGACGAUGGCAUCCAUCCAUUAGUGCACUGGCAUCCUUCCAUAUUGGGUCACUAUCACUACUGAUGCCUGUUUAGAACAGGUCUGGAACGGUGGAAUUUCACAAGAGUUGUACUGAUGUGAAAUCUCACAUUUCAAAUAGGGCCUUUACUAUUAAGGCACGCGUAAUUCUAGUACAGCUUAAAGGAUCAAAAUGAAAAGAAAGAGUUGCUUUUUCUUUCACACAUGGAAAAAUAUGAAUUGGAUUAAGAAUAAUCUUCAUCGUAUGGACUGGAUAAAUAGCACUACCCUUGCAUACUUCUGGUUUCUCACGCUGCCAAGGCGGCAGAAACGGCCGGUUGGAAACAUUUUUUUAAGCCACACUCAACGAUUUGUAAGACCUGCUUCAACAAUUUUUUAUAAAAUGUUCAACAUUCUGUAAGAUCUACUUCAACAAUUUGUGAUAACAUACUAUAUAGUAGCAACUCACAAAAUCAAUAGUUCAUCAACUUCCAUAGCACAUUAUAGCACCG